ACUCCGAAACUCUCCCUCCAAAGCAUCUCCUUCUUCGAGAUUCUCUGCAAUAAAACCUCGAAAACCUCUCUCUGAAAUUCAAAUGUCAGAAGAAUAAAAUCUCAUUUCCGGAAAGAUCGUUAAUGGCGUCUUCUCUUCUCCUCUCCAACCCCUUCCCUACCUUUUCGCACCGCUAUAACGGCGUUACCCUUGCCGUUAGGGUUCCAUCAGUCCUCGCCUUCGCCAAACCCCCCCAAAACCGUAGUUUCCAGAAACCCUCGCUGCACAGAAACCCUAAUUCAAUAGAAUUCCUUCGUUUUUGCUCGAAAAUCCGUGCCAGGACGUCGAUUGAAGAGACCAGCGAGGAGAAUUCCGUCUCGUUGGACGGAUUAUCCGUCGGUGAGGAUUCGGCUGUCUUUGAUCUUGGCGAGCAGAAGCUCUCAUCUUGGAUUUAUUUUACUGGAAUUUUGGGAGCUGUGCUUUUCGCGUUGAAUCUCGUCUGGAUAGAUCCUUCGACGGGCUUUGGGACGGCAUUCGUUGAUUCUGUCAGUGGGCUUUCUGGAAGCCAUGAGGUUAUAAUAUUGAUCCUAAUUUUGAUUUUUGCCACUGUCCAUAGUGGUCUGGCCAGUCUCAGAGAUGCUGGUGAAAAGGUCAUAGGAGAGCGUGCCUUCCGGGUUUUGUUUGCAGGGAUCUCACUUCCUUUAGCAGUCAGUACUAUUGUGUACUUCAUUAAUCACCGAUACGACGGAAUACAGUUGUGGGAUGUCAAGGGUGUCCCCGGAGUCCAUGAACUUGUGUGGAUCUCAUCCUUCAUCUCCUUCUUUUUUCUCUACCCAUCAACCUUCAACCUAUUAGAAGUUGCAGCUGUUGACAAGCCAAAGAUGCAUCUGUGGGAAACCGGCAUCAUGAGAAUCACCAGGCACCCCCAGAUGGUUGGGCAGGUGAUCUGGUGCUUGGCUCACAUGCUCUGGAUUGGAAACUCAGUAGUGGCAGCCGCCUCAUUUGGCUUGAUUGGACACCAUCUGUUUGGUGUUUGGAAUGGUGACAGGAGGUUAGCAUCACGGUAUGGUGAAGCCUUUGAUGCUGUGAAGGGCCGCACCAGUGUUAUACCUUUUGUGGCGAUCCUCGACGGCCGUCAGAAGUUGCCCAAAGAUUACUACAGAGAAUUUCUCCGGUUACCAUACCUGACAAUCACAUUUUUGACGCUAGGUGCAUAUUUGGCCCACCCGCUUAUGCAGGCAGCCAGUUUCAGACUUCACUGGUAGGAAGGA